AUGGAUACCAUAAGCGGGUCCAAACCGGCACCACCACCUGCGGCUACCGCUGAGGCAGAUGCAGUUGCACCCCAGGCCCAAGUCCUCGAAUCGGGGGCAACAUCUAAAGAUGAGAUUGCACAGAAGACAGAGGCUGAUGAGAACGAUACAAAGUCAUCUCAAAAGGCUCCUGAGGGCGGCUUGAAAAACUACUUCCGAGUCUACUCCUACGGAACCAAACUCGAUUUCUUCUUGAUCUUAGCAUGCUGUAUCACCUCUAUCGGCUCCGGAAUUGCUAUGCCUUUGAUGAAUAUAGUCUUCGGCGAGCUGGUUGGCAAUUUUGCAAAUUACUUCAGAGAAGGCACGACGGUGACGCAAGCUGAAUUCCAAGCGGAAAUUAACAAAUUGGCACUAUACAUUGUCUAUCUGUUCAUCGGCAAGUUUGUGUUGUCUUACAUUUCAAUGCUCGCCGUCCGCAUCAGUGGGUUAAGGAUAUCUGCUGCGUUUCGUUUAGCCUACCUACGCGCCCUAUUUGCCCAGCCUGUCAGUAUCGUCGACACCAUCAGCCCUGGCAAGGUCUCUACGCGCAUAACAACCUCGUCGAACACUGUGCAACUCGCUAUAUCCCAACACUUCGCAAUGUUGUUUCAGUCGUUCUCAUUCGUGAUCGCCCUAUAUAUUGUUGCCUUUCUCAAAAGCUGGCUGCUGACACUUGUCGCUUCGGCAUCUUUGCCCUUCAUGCUGUUCAUCUACGGAUCACUUGUCCCGCCUUUCAUACGGAUACACAAGAUCACGGAGAAACAUCAUGAUGAUGCCUCAGCCAUGGCUUAUGAGAUGUUCUCUUCCGUGCGCAUUGUGGUUGCAUUUGGAGCUGAGGCUAAAUUGGCCAGACAGCACGAGAAGAUGCUUGACAAAGCCGCCAGGAACGAGAAGCGGGCGGCGCCUUUGAUGGGUCUGAUGAUGUCUCCAAAUAUGAUUGCCAUGUAUGGGACAUUCGCAAUCUCAUUUUGGUUCGGCAUCAAGCAGUACACCGAGGGCAAAAUAUCAGACGUGGGAGUCAUCACUGUCGUGCUCUUCUCCGUCAUGAUGGCUGUACAACAUAUCGGAAGACUUGCAAGCCCGGUAGUUGCUAUCGCGAAAGCUGCUUCAGCUGCAACAGAACUCUUUGCCACAAUCGAUGCCCCGACCCUGGACACCUCCGGCCUCCAAGAGCCUGAUGUUACCGCCGAUGCGGACAUCCUGUUUGAAAACGUCUCCUUCUCAUAUCCUAGUAGACCAAACGUUCAAAUUCUGGAUGGGUUGAAUCUGACCUUUGAGGCUGGCAAGGUUACUGCUAUAGUAGGACCAUCCGGUUCAGGCAAGUCGACAAUUGUCGGCCUUAUCCAGAGAUGGUAUGAGCUCCUCGGAACCACAGCAGUGAAUACUGCCAUUGAUGAGACUAUGAGCCCUGCUGCGCCCCACGCACAAGUAGAGGAGGAGCAACCAUCCAGGGAAUCGAAAUGGUUCAAAAAGCGAGACAAUGCGAAAAAAGACAACGACAAAGGCGCAACUAGUGCCGGUCACGAGGAAAAGAAAGAAGAACUCGAUCUUGGGCCAAACACGUCUACCGGAACCAUUAGAGUGCGAGGAACAGAUCUGCGUAAAGUUGACCUCAAGUGGUGGCGAUCACAGAUUGGUCUUGUGCAACAAGAACCAUUUCUUUUCAACGACACGCUGUACAACAACGUCGUCUUCGGCCUUUGUGGAACGCGCUACGAAGGUUUCUCAAAGGAAAAAAAGAUGAAGAUGGUCAAAGAGGCGUGCCACCAAGCCUACGCUGAAGAGUUCAUAUCAAGACUACCACAGGGCUACGACACGCUUGUCGGAGAGAGUGGCAUCAAGCUUUCUGGUGGCCAACGACAACGUAUCGCCAUUGCUCGAAGCAUCAUCAAACAACCACCGAUAUUGAUUCUUGAUGAAGCCACAAGUGCCAUCGAUGUGCGCACGGAACAGAUUGUUCAAAAAGCGCUUGAUCGCGUGUCGAAGAACCGUACGACCAUCGUCAUUGCCCAUCGUCUCUCCACUAUCAGGCGUGCUGACAAGAUCAUCGUCUUGCGGCAAGGCAAGCUCGUUGAACAAGGUACCCAUGACGAGUUACUAAGCAUUGACCUUGGUGUAUAUCGGGGCCUAGUCACAACUCAGAACCUUGCUGUGGAGGCAGAAGAAGAAACUGUUGAAGACUGUCCACUUACAAAAGUCACAAGUGCUGAACCAGAGACAUCUUUUGUACAUGAGAAAGGCAGCAACGCUUCCGUGGACGAUCCAGAGUACAAGCCUACUGGUCUAGUCAACAGCUUCGGACGUCUCUUGUUCGAACAGCGCAAACAUUGGGUGCUCUACAGCAUCGCGAUUGUUGGCAUUCUAGCAGCUGGUGCUGUCCAUCCGCUCCUAGCAUUCGUUUUUGCCAACGUCAUCCAAGUGUUCACUUACACCGGCGACCGCCUGGUAAGCGAGGGAAACUUCUAUGCAGGCAUGUUCGGCGUUCUAGCUGCUGGUACCGGCGUGGCUUACUUCGUUCUCGGCAUCGCUACGCACCUCAUUUCGAUCGUUAUAACACGUCAUUACCGGCAAGAGUACCUGAGCAGCAUGAUCCGCAGGCGUAUUCCUUUCUUUGACGACGUAGGUCACAGUCCUGGGUCCUUAACGUCUCGAUUAAGUUCCGACUGCACACAGUUGCAGCAACUCAUGUCCACCGAGAUAUCCUUCGUACUCAUUGCCAUUGUCAACCUUGUGGGCUGUACCAUCAUUUCUUUCGUAUAUGGCUGGAAACUAAGUCUCGUCGGUUUCUUCUCCGCCAUGCCAAUCAUCCUAGUUGCUGGGUACAUUCGCAUGCGCAUGGAAAUCCACUACGAGACUGAGAAUGCCAAAGUGUUCGACAAUAGUAGUCAGUUUGCUUCCGAAGCUGUUGGCGCAUUCCGCACCGUACUCAGCCUGAUCAUGGAAGACAUGAUUAGCAGCCGCUAUGAUACUCUCUUGAAGGGACAUGUGAGGGAUGCCUUUCGGUCUGCCAAGCUCAACAUGUUAGUCUUUGCAGCAAGUGAUAGUCUCGAACUAGCAUGCAACGCUUUAGCAUUUUGGUACGGCGGGACGUUGCUGGCUAGACGAGAGUACGAUAUUAUCCAGUUUUUCGUGGUCUUUAUGGGUAUAAUCUUUGGGUCCGUGGCGGCGGGGAUGUGGUUCUCUGUCGCGCCCAACAUGGCGCAGGCUACAGGUGCAGCAAAUCGCAUUUUAAGUAUGCGAGCGGCACAAAAGGAAGGAGAGGAGUCAUGGACGAAGAUGAGGGAGGAGAAGGGGGCUGUAAGUGUCGAAUUCCAAAAUGUGGGCUUCACAUACAAGUCGCGUGAGAUACCGGUGUUAUCAAAUUUGAACCUUAAGGUUGAAGCUGGCCAGUUUGCUGCGCUUGUUGGAGCUUCGGGCUGCGGAAAAUCAACAGUCAUCUCCCUCCUAGAACGUUUCUACGAUCCUACGCACGGCACCAUCCUUUACAACAACCAAGAUAUCACCUACCUUGACCCCGCCUCUUACAGAACGCAACUUAGUCUUGUGUCACAGGAACCAACCUUGUACGAAGGCACCAUUCUCGAAAACGUUGCCCUUUCCAUCGACGUCGCAACAGAUGCAGAAAUUGAAGCAGCAUGUCACGACGCACAGAUCCACGACUUUAUCAUCUCUCUACCAGAUGGCUACGCCACCCGUCUUGGUCCCAAGGGCAUGAGUCUGUCUGGAGGACAGAAACAACGCUUGAGUCUUGCUCGCGCGUUGCUUCGCAAACCAAAACUCUUACUACUCGAUGAAGCAACAUCUUCUCUCGAUUCCGAAUCCGAGAAGUUGGUACAAGAAGCUAUUGAGCGCGUGACAGGCGAGGGGAGACGCACUGUUAUCGCCGUCGCUCAUCGCCUUGCUACGAUCCAUAAGGCAGAUGUAAUUUUCGUUCUUGGGAGCGGGAAAGUGUUGGAGAAGGGUGAUCACCAAGGAUUGUUGAGGAAGAGGGGCAUUUAUUGGCAGAUGUGUCAAGCCCAAGUAUUAGAUCGAUAAUGUUACGGAUCGUGAUCCUUCUUCGCACUAAUAGUUAGCAAACACCACCACCAAUCUGGAUAUACUCAUAUCUGGAUUGUCUUGUUAUCUUGGUGUCACUGUAGAAGGAUUCUAUUCACCUCGAUAUUCAACUUCCCACCUAAUCUUCGCUUUCGUUCAUAGAUCCUUUUAGUAAUACUUCUCUAUUAU